AUGGAGAGCAGCAUAGGGAAAGAUAGCAACGAGCGUGUUCCUUUGUCAGGGGUGGUAGCAGAUUGUGUGAAGCGUUGGUUUAAGGAUACUCUAAGAGAAGCUAAAGGUGGUGAUGUUAAUAUGCAGGUUUUGGUUGGUCAGAUGUAUUAUAGUGGCUAUGGUGUUCCUAAAGAUGCUCAAAAGAGUAAACUUUGGCUGACGAAAGCAUCAAGGGUUAGAUCUUCAGUUUGGAAAGUUGGAGAUAAGCGUCCAGGUUAUAACGCAAGUGAUUCUGACUCUGACGAAUCUGAUGAGGACUCUUAA